UUAGGGGAAAGAUCGUCGGAAGAAGUUGUUCUCUGUACCCAAACUUGAUAAGGAUGUUGAGCACUCGAGGAACAAAGACAGUGCGCUUGCAGAGAAAAAAAACUGGACUGGACUUCAGUGUGAAGGGUGGGAACGAACAUGGCAUCCCUAUAGUAGUGUCCUGGAUCAAGGAAGGUGGAGCAGCAUCCACUCAUCUUCGGUUGGGGGAUGAGGUUCUGGCAGUGAACGGGCACACUCUGCAGGGACUGUCACACACUGAGGCUGUGCUUCUGCUCAGAGCAACUGGACCAACCGUUGUACUCAGAGUCAAACCAAACCAAACGCUAGAAGAUGUGUUUUCAUCAAACCAGCACACUUGGUCGGUUCCAGGGACACCUGUCAAGCUAACCAGUGACACUAUUCUCCAUCAAGCUACAUCACCAGCAGCCACCAAAUCACACCCUCUGCCCCAAGGUUGGGCGCAAAAAGUCGAUCAAAAAACUGGGAGAGCAUACUUUGAAAAUGAAUACACACAAAGUACCACAUGGACUGAUCCAUGUACUUUGACCUCUGUGCCGCUCGGAGAGUUCCAGUGGAAUCAGCUACCCCCUGGCUGGGAGCGUUAUUUGGACCACCAGGGAGAUAUCUACUAUGUCAACCAUGACACCCAGACCACCCAUUGGGACUGCCCCUGGGGGAUGCGGCAGCAGAGGCAACUGGAGGAGUUGCGCACCUUUGUUCAGGCUGAAAGAUACAAGCUAAAGGCUGAUGAGGAAAAACUGAAACAAAACAGAGAGGCUUUGCUCGAGAAAAACAGAAUGCUGGAUGAUCCAAAUCUCUCCAUUCCGUCUCCCCAGGAUGAUGCAGAAAAUUUGGAAGAUGAUACAUAUGAUCUUUAUGAUGACAUUAUCUUACUCAAUGAGGAGGUUGAACUGUUGGAUUUAAACGUGUGCAGAACGCGAGGUCACCUCAAGAAGCUCGGGGUCGUGCUCAGGCAUGCUCAGAACGAGGAUGUAGGAGAGACUGACAAGUACAGGGCGGCUGCCGAGUUAGCCGUUGCCUUAGUAACACAGUUUGCUAAGUAUAAGAGCCUGGAAGGACAGUUGAACAAGCUGGUUGAAUGUAUUAGUGAGCUCCAAAAGAAAGCUGGAAUGAAUGCUACACCUCUCUCAUACAUGCUGCAGUUGCCACCUAUCCUAAGCACUGAAGAGGUGGAGGAGCUGGAGAAAUGGUUGCAUGUCCUCCCUGACAAGCUAACGGGAAAGACCAACUGUGAGAUGAGAGUUGAGCUGUGCCUUCUUGAAGAGUGCUACACGUAUGGUGAGGGUCUCCUGCACAAGUUGAUGUCAUUCCUCAGUCGAGCGGCUACGUCCCAUGGUGGCUGGGAGAAGCUAAUGGAGGAGCUAGCUGGUUGUGACUUCUCACCAAUCAAUGACCACUGGCUCAAAACAGAGUUUAGGGAGAAGCUACAGAAACUGUUAACAUUUUGAAUUCUUCAAGGAGCUAGAAGCUACAAAAGCUAUUGACAUUUUGAAUUCUUCAACUUGCUUUUAUAUCUGUAUGUUUAACUGGUCGAUCAUGA